UUCCGUGCCGCCGCGCACUUCCGCCUCGCCCUGCACCCUUCCGCCGCGCAGGCCCCGCCCCCGCCCGGUUGCGGCCCCGCCCCGCGGCGGCGGCGGGAGGAGGAGGAGGAUGAGCGGGCGGCGGGUGGAUGCCAAGGUGGUGCUGCUGGGGCAGGAGGGCGUGGGCAAGAGCAGCCUGGUGGAGCGCUGCGCCCACCGCCGCUUCCGGCCCGGGCCUUACCAGAACACCAUCGGGGCCGCCUUCGUGGCCAAGGUGAUGUCCGUGGGGGACCAGGCGGUGACCCUGGGGAUCUGGGACACGGCCGGCUCCGAGCGCUACGAGGCCAUGAGCCGCAUCUACUACCGCGGGGCGCGGGCCGCCGUCGUCUGCUACGAUCUCACUGACAGCAGCAGUUUUCAGCGAGCCAAGUUCUGGGUGAACGAGCUGCAAAACUGCGAGGAGGGUUGCCGGAUCUACCUGUGUGGCACCAAAAGCGACCUGCUAGAGGAGGAUAGGAGGAAGCGGGCGGUUGACUUCCAUGACGUGCAGGACUAUGCCGAUGAGAUCAAAGCAGAGCUCUUUGAGACCUCCAGUAAGACAGGCCAGAGCGUGGAUGAGCUGUUCCAGAAGGUGGCCGAGGACUAUGUCCAGUUCACCACCUUCCAGGUGAUGACAGCUGUACGGGCCUGUCUGCAACGCGGCAGCAGCGUGCAGCCCCGUGGACUGCUGCCCUCCUGGCGUGCGGAGCGGCAGAGGGCUGCUGUGUGGUGCCGGGAGCGUCCUGCAGCACUGGGAACCGUGGGCCAUCACACCUGGGGACCUUGGGGACCCUCUCCCUGCAACCCAGUGUUUGUGGGAGCUGCUUCCCCAAAUCACUGCUGUGGCCCAGCAGUGGCCGUUAACUUAUUCUCUUGGAGAUGCUGCCCAAUUCUUUGCAGAUUUAUUGAAGCGUCUUCUCUUGAGGUGUACAAUGUAAAUAAAAUGCAUUGUGGUCUGAGCUGUCCCCCUCCUGCGCCGCUGCCGCGGCUCUCCCAUCCUUGCCCUGGCUGUCUGGGCACAGGCGGGCUCCCCCCAUGCCCCCCUGCUCCGCAAGACAAAGCACAAGAGGACAUCAAGAGUAAAGUUAAACUUUACUUUACAGUAAUUUUUCUUCUAUAUACAAAGAAUUACAGUACAUGUUCUGGGAGCACCUGCGCAGGGCAACCCUCUUUUCAUUAUAAGUUUCACAUACACAGCCAACAGUCUAAGGGGAGCAAAACGAAAGUAAUCAAUGGUCCAAGGCUCUCCCCUCUCCCUCUUCUAAAAAUAAUAUACAUGCUGGAAAUAUGUAGGUUUCUUUCACCCGCUCUGGCAUCCCUACUUAGAACUGACAGACAAGUCCCGGGCAGGGGCCAGGCAGCCACACGUCCCCAACGCAGUGCUCGCCCCAGUCACCACCGUGGCGCCCACCCACAGCUCUGUCCAGCCCCUAUCUCCAUUGCACACCCCAACUCCCACUGCGCUUCCCUCUCGUCUACCCUCCAGCCGAGCCUGCGGGAUGGGACCCUCUGGGGGAGGGGUCCCUUCCGCUGCCACCCCGCAGGCAGACCUAGACGAGGGAGGAACACAGUGUGGGACUGCUGA